AAUGUCCACAUAAUAUCGAAUACCCUCUAAUGAUAAUUAUAUUCGCGAUCUGGAAAAUCUUUCCUAAAGGUAUUUCAAAUUACUUAUCUUAAGAGAACGGCAUGGAUUAUUCUCAUAGCCUCCUCCUCUUUCAGUUGGUGAUUAGUACAACGAUUCUCAUAAAAGUAUUAAGAAAAUACUAAGUAGGGAUGGGAAAGAAAAAGGGAGUUCUAAUUAAUUAAAAAAUACAAAAUCAUCAUGAACCUUCAUUAUUUAUGAACCCAGGUUAUAUUUCAGUAGGUGAUCCUUACAAAGAUCCCUUUAAGGCAAAAUAAAUUUAUCAAAAAGAAAGAGAAAUGGCAGUAACAAAUCCUCAUAGCUUUAAACCCACUGAUAAAUCUAAAUCUAUGUACCUCUAUAGGUAUCAUAUUUAUUUAGAAAACACUCCGAAUUUUAGCAUUUGAAAGAAUACGAAGAUAAAAGGUACAAUACUAGAAAAGCAUCAGGAGAGGUUAUCACUUAAGCUAGAAAUUUUUAAACAAAUCCAGCAAAAAAAGGAGUGGGAAGAACAACAAUAAAUACCUUGUUUGGAAAUUAUGAAUAUAUCCCUGACCCAUACGAUAGAUAAGAAGAAUUAGAUAGGUCAGAGAGACUUAAAUAUAAGAGCAAAUUCUUACCAGGAACCAUCAGAUUUGUUUCAACUAGUCAUGGAAAUCGCCCUUUUACAUCUGAUGGAGAACUGUUAGAUGGAGCAGGAUAUGUAUUUAAUUAAUUCAUUAUAUCAAGAAUCAAGAAAAAGUUUAGCGUCCAAGAUAUACAGGGGUUUCUUUUAGGCCACCUAAUAAAAAUAAAUCUGGAUUUUAAGGAACUUUUGAAAUCUUUUAAUAUGUUGAAGAAGGAGCUCCAAUACCAAAAACAAAAUAAAAUACUUUCUCAAAAUUAUUAAAAACUGAUACUUUUGAAAGACCAUGGAGGCCUAAUUCAAAUGGGACAUUUGCUAGACCAUGUCCAAGUGUAACUGAAAAAUUAAGAAAUAAAAGUGGAGGUACUACGAGGAUUUGA